GGAUGCCAGCAUGGGGGGAGGGGGCGCGGUGGGCGAGCUGGGCGGCGUGGGAGGGGCGGCGCGGGGCACUCAGGAGACAGUCUGGGCGGCAGACUCGAUUAUAGAGGCGGUGGAAUUGGCGUCGAUGGAAGAGGCUAGGAUGACUCCCUUUAUCAAGGACCCCAGUGACCCCAACAGCCUGCUGCCCUCCUUCCAGCCCAACGUGCUGCUCCUUGGCCAUUCCCCCGCCGGCUUUGUGCUGCGUGCGCUCGCCAGCGUCAAGCCCUCUGAGCUCGAGCAAGCGCUGCUGGUGCUUCCCUUCACAGUGGCUCUCAGGAUUCUCCACUUCGCCCCGCACUGGCUGCACCACCCACUGCCCCAGCUGGAGUUUGCUGCCCGCGCGUUGGUGUCUCUCGUCCGCAUCCACCACUCGCAGCUAAUCGCCACCCCCACUGCCCGCCCGCUCCUGGCUGCCGUGCACACGCUGCUGAGAGUGUCACUCAAGGACGCAGUAGCAACCGUUGGAUGCAACUUGGCAGCUAUAUCUCACAUCAAGUCCCUCCUAGCCUCAUCCCAAGCCUCCAUGGAUGGGGGGGAUGCCACUGGUAUGGCCGAGAAGGUGAGGGAGAUAAGGGAAAGGUUGGCUAAGGGGCGGAAUGCUGUGAUUGCUGAGAAGCUUCACAGGAGUAAAGCGGAGAAGCGCAAGCGCAGGGCGGAGAAGAAAACUGUGUUGAAGAAAUGAUUUGCAAGCCGCACUGGGUGGGUGUUCAGAUCAGAGACAAGCCAUGUGGCAAUGAAGUUGUGCUGAUUUGUGAAUGCAGUCGAAAUAAAUAUUAUCACGUAGCUGCAGCGCUCUUGUGGUAUCGAUAUUGCAUCUAAUGCUAGUUUUGUGAGGGUCACAA